GCGUCACAAGUCGGUCGACAGCCAGCGCAAACAUAAGUUAUGGAGCCAUGGAUUUGGAUAUCCUGAAGCCUUGGAUCAUCAUUUUGAGCACAUGGAGCCUUUUGCAAUUGAACUUCGAGGAUUGCCAGGCCGUUCCUGGCGGCGGCAGCAGCGGGGAGAGAGUUCAUAUAAGACUGCACAUGCCGGAGGUGGUGCGCCAGCACACCCACUUCCACAAUGUGUACAAGUAUCCUCGGAAAAUGCCCAUCCAUCCAGCUCCAGCCCCGCCACCCACAACGAUAGCAUCGCUCUAUCCAAAGUUUCCGGGGAAACCUCAGGUUCAGCUAUUGGGCUAUACAACGGCGGUGGGCGGAUCGGGACCGAUGUCGCCGAAUUUAAUGCAGCUAAUGGCUACGGCAGCCACGCCCACACUCAUGCCAACGCCCACAAGUUUGGCGCCAAACUAUGGGCCCGCAUUAUUCGAUAAUUACAAUCAGGCCGUGUCCUCUUUAUCGAGUGCCACAACCACCACAACGACAGUUCGGCCUCCACAGCUCUUCAAAUCCUCAUCCAGCCAGAAACAGCAACAAUUGUUGGAGCAAAUUUUCACACCUCAUCAAUCGAAUGAAGAGGACAGUUCCACGGAAGAUAAUCAGUUGGAAAAUAACUCAUUGCUGAACCAAAAUUUCCUAGAAGCCUUGCAAAGGGAGUACCUUUCGAAAUUCGGAGGACGUCGCAAACGAAAGAAGACGGGUUCCAAAAAGUACAAAAUACCCAGCAAGGACUAUUCAAAUUACUAUCAGAGUAAGCCCACUUAUUACCAGGACGAAGAUGUGUCCGAAAACUUUGAAGAUUACCAGGAUGAACCUCUAAAUGAGGAUUACGAGGAAGUGAUGAAGAUGAGCACCCCACAAAAAUAUAGCGGAUACUAUCCCUCUGGAUCGGAUGAAGUGGAUCAGGAUAGUGCUCAGGGCUAUGACAAUGCGGUGGCUUUCAGUGGCCAGGAUAAUAGCAUUUCCUCGACGAUACCGACAAUGGAGGAGUUUUUAGAGGAUGUGAAUAGCCCAAGCUCCGGAUUUAGUGGCGUUGGAAGUUAUGAUCCAUACGGGAAUUCCAAUGGCUUCCAAUCGUGGCAUCCCUCACCAACCAGCACUGCUCCGGGCAAUAGUUGGUCCAGACCCACGACUUCUCAUCCGUUUCCCAGUUCCUCAAAAGGACCCAACAAGACGAGGCCUGUUAGAUCCCGAGGACGAACUAAGAUACGUUACGUCAAGCUAAUCACUCGAAAGAAACGCAAAAAUCACAUAAGAACGAAAAGAUAUAGAACUUAAUGUACUCUCAACCUUUCUCCUGACUUCUAUUUAGGAGAUUAUUUAUAUACGAAUGUGAAAAUAUUAUAGAAAUAAAAGUGGAUUUCCUUACCAAACCAAAUAAAUAACAAAAUGCCAAAAAGGAUCUU